AUGUUCGCCAGACUUGCCAAUCCAGCUCACUAUAAGCCUCUCACGGGCUCCAGCAUAAUAAGAGCAACUAAAAGACUUUACCAUCCUAAGGUAAUUGAUCACUACACAAACCCAAGGAACGUUGGGUCCAUGGACAAGUCCUUGGCUAAUGUCGGCACGGGAAUUGUGGGUGCACCUGCAUGCGGAGACGUGAUAAAACUACAGAUACAGGUGAAUGAUAAGUCGGGCAUUAUCGAGAACGUCAAGUUCAAGACUUUCGGGUGCGGGUCUGCCAUUGCUUCUUCCUCUUACAUGACCGAACUAGUACGCGGUAUGUCACUUGAUGAGGCGAUCAAGAUAAAAAACACGGAAAUUGCGAAGGAGUUAAGUCUCCCCCCGGUAAAACUGCAUUGCUCCAUGCUCGCAGAGGAUGCUAUCAAGGCGGCAAUCAAGGACUACAAAACGAAGAGGAAUCCAUCCGUGUUGCGUUGA